AUGAUAUAUGACUUCAGGGGACCUGCCAAGGGAUACGUCGAAGCUCUCGAGAUACGGCUGAAAGAAACAGAGCGGGUUCUCUGGAGACUACUCUCCGUCACGACAAACAAUAACUUAUCCGCUGCUUUCUCUUCCGAAAUACAAUCUCGGACACCGGCCACGCUUUCUCUGAGGACGCUGGUGACGACGGCGGAAAAGAAAUCCGCCAUCGCGUACUGGGAACAGUUUCCUUUGCAGACUGCACAAGAAGUUUUGGGCUGGAAGGAAGAUGUUGAAUCUGAAGGAUCUCCCAUGAGUAGUCAAGGCGGCGCCCCCGCCCACGCGAGAAAUACAAACACUCCCCUUCCGGAUCACGAUCAUGAUCGAAUGGAUUCUGCGUCAGCAUCAUACAGCGGUGGUGACACUAGCUCGAGUGAUGACAUGGCGGGCGAAGAACAUUUGCUACCGCCGCCGCCGCCGCCUUGGGACGAGAGAGAGGUUCAAGCUCACACAAGCUACCCUACUCAACAGCCUACGAUGGUUUCGCGGAUGAAUCAGAAUCAAGGCAUAGUCGGUGGGAAUGAAAAUUUGCCCCAAGAGUCUGGAUCAGUUGGACGUCCGUCGGGGCAGGGCCUUUCACCACACAUGCCCACGUCAAAUUCUGAUCUGAGCCUGGCCGCCAGCAGAUUUGGCUUGACCAAGGAAUUCCAGGAGACAUUUUUAUGGUGA